AUGAAUUCCAUCCCUAAGAUAGGGGAUAUGUAAAGUAAUGUACAAACUAUGAGUUCUAGCCAAAAGCAAACCUAAGAUUUCAAGCAGUACAGGCUUGCCACCACUUCUAUCUCCCAGAAUUAAAAUUGAUCCGACUAAAUCAGCCCAGAUUCCCCCCGCUUUUAGGUCAAUUUCAACAGUGAAAAAGAAAUCAAUUGAGAAGAAGGAAGAUACUCGACCAGUUACAGACAAUACCUAAAAUGAGAAGUGUUAUCCGUCAGCCAAAAAACAGAGGGGACAGGGCCUCAUAAUUCGCAAACUCUAGAAUCGGCAAUCAAAAUUAUAAACUUCAAAUUAGGAACCACUUGAAUAGAUUAUAAAUAAAUUUUAAAGUCCUGCAGUCAGAAUGCUUGAGUUCCCAAUAAAUGGUAUGGAUUCUCUUUGACCUAGACUUUCACGAUGAUACAAUGAUAAAGGAGGAGGUGCUCCAAUAAAAUGAGCAAGGCACUGAGAAUAGAUUCACUAUAAUGAAGAAUCAAUCCUUCUCUGGCUCUCAAAAGUUUGUAUUGGAAUCUUCAAACUCCAACAAGUAGGGCUAGGAGUCAUCCUCCAAUUCUUAGUUUGAUUUCAACUCUUAAAUUCCUACAUUUACUGAAGGGGAAAUGAUAGGUGCAGGUUCAUUUGGAUAGGUGUAUAUAGCGCAAGAAAAUCAAACUGGCAAGAUUUACGCUGUGAAAAAGAUCAACUUGAAAGGAGACUUUGAUUAAGAGGAUUUGAAAGGACUGAAAAGUGAAAUUGAUUUACUGAAAAGUAUCAAACAUUAAAACAUAAUUCGUUAUGUGUGGAGUUGUGAAAAUGAAGAUUAUUGGUUGUUGUAUUUGGAAUAUUUGUCACAAGGUAUUCAACCUCAAUAUUAUAGGAACCUUAACUUAAUUAACCGAAAAGUUUGGGCCCCUUCACAUCAAUACGAUUCGCUCAUACUCCAAGUAAAUAUUACAAGCCAUAGCCUAUCUGCACGAGAAUAACAUCAUCCACAGAGAUAUCAAAGGAGCCAAUUUGCUCUUAGGAGUCGACGGGGAAAUCAAACUUGGCGAUUUCGGAUGCAGCAAAAUCAAAGAGAAAACCAUCUAACGCUCUAAAUAGAGUGGAGACAUCUUACAUUCUCUCAAAGGAAGUAUUCCAUACAUGGCUCCUGAAGUAAUACUCCCUAAUACUCAUUUUCAGGUUGCUAGUUAAGAUGAGAAUUGCAGAGCUAGUGAUAUCUGGUCAUUUGGAUGCACCGUUUUGGAAAUGGCCACAGGAAAAAAACCAUGGCAUGAACACAAUUUCGAUAAUCCUUUGAGUGCACUUUUGUAUAUUAUCACCGACAACUCACUUCCUCUAAUACCUGACGACUUGGACCAAGAUCUAUAAUCGUUUAUAAAACUUUGCUUAUAAAGGGAUCAUAAAUAGAGACCAACUGCCAUGCAUUUGUUAUAACACUAAUUCAUAAUUAAUUAAUGA